UUGGACAUUUUUCGCUAACUAAUUCCAACCAAAUGCCACCUUCACCUCCUAACAGUCAGCCAGCUAAACCGAAAUCUGCAUUGGAUUUAGUUGUUAAUAAAUUGGUCAGAGCAUCCGUGGGUGGUGUUCCUUCUACGCUGUGUGACGAAGAUUUGGACAAGUAUGUAGCUGAAUUAGUACUGAAAGAAGCUUCGGCCAAGAACAAGUUAUACAACAAAGAAGGGGUUAGAGCAUAUUUACCACAUACAGGAGCCCCACCUUGCAAUCUUCCAAAAGCGAAUAAACGAUUCUUGUUCAAUAUUGUGAAAAAUGUUGAUGAUCAUAAUCAAGCAUUGAUUAAGAAAACCGAGGAAGAGGCAGCAGCUCGUAUGCGUAGACUAAGGCGUUUGCAAAAACGUCGUUCAAGUAAUAGCAAAAAACGUAAAAGCAAGGAAAAAGAACGUAAAAAAUCAAGAUGGGAUGACCAUCAUUCCCGUCGAAAUUAUAGCGACACUGAAUCCGACAGUGAAGACGAAUCAGAUAUGGAUACAUCUUCAUCGAGCGAAGAUGAUGAUUCUGGUCCGUGCGAUUCCAAGACUAGUUCACAGAAAUCCUCGUUAAAUAAUGAUGAAAAGACAGCUUUGGCAGGCUCCUCCACGAGCCCAACGAUUAUACGUAAAGGACGUGGUGAAGUUAGUGAUGGGACAAAGAUGGAUAAAUAUUUCCGUAAAGACUAUAAUCCUAUUAAUGACAUUGAACCUUUUAUUAAAGAGUAUGGGUGGCUUAAUUAUCAGGAGUUCGAAGCUAGUUUGCCAAUGAAGGCGAAUAAGGUCGAGGAAAAGAGUCUGCCAGUGAAGACAAAUAAGGUCGAGGAAAAGAGUCUGCCAGUGAAGACAAAUAAGGUUGAGGAAAAGAGUUUGCCAGUGAAGGCAAAUAAGGUCGAGGAAAAGAAAAAGAAGAAAAAAAGUCAUAAGGAAAAGUCAAAACAUAAAAAGAAGAAACACAAAUCUAGUGGUAAAUCAAAAAAGAAACGAAAAAGAGACAUUGAUUCGGGUUCGUCUUCAGGUUCAGACAAUGAUUCGAGUUUUGAAUCUCAUAAGAAAGUAAAGAAAGGUGACGGCGAGGAAAAGGAAGAAAAGGAGGAAAAACGUAUAAUCAUACGUGAAUGGGACAUACCAAAGUUGGCAUCGGGUUCAUGGAAUAUCGAAAGAUUCAUGCAAUCGCCGUCAACCUGUCCUUGGUAA